GGAGAGCUGUCACUAGCUAACAACAACAGAAAAUCCCGGUCGGCAAACGUUUUAAUUGGACCCGACAUAAAGGGGGCGCCCUGCUUCCCUCUGCUGUUCACCGAUGCAGAUGGACGUCGGGACCCGACGCUGACGAGAGGAAGUGUCACAUUCCAGCUCUUCUCCUUCUUCUUCUUCACCCUCGUGUCCCACGAGACGUUGCCUCUGUCACACUGGCAAUGUCCAGGGUCCCGAGUCCGCCGCCUCCCGCGGAAAUGUCCAGCGGGCCGGUGGCCGAGAGCUGGUGCUACACGCAGAUCAAAGUGGUGAAGUUUUCCUACAUGUGGACCAUCAACAACUUCAGCUUCUGCCGUGAGGAAAUGGGCGAAGUCAUCAAAAGUUCGACCUUCUCUUCUGGGGCCAACGACAAACUCAAAUGGUGUUUGCGAGUGAAUCCCAAAGGCCUGGAUGAGGAGAGCAAAGAUUACCUGUCUCUCUACCUGCUGCUAGUCAGCUGUCCGAAAGCAGAGGUGCGAGCAAAGUUCAAGUUCUCCAUCCUCAACGCCAAGGGAGAGGAGACCAAAGCCAUGGAAAGCCAGAGGGCGUACCGCUUCGUCCAGGGAAAAGAUUGGGGCUUUAAGAAGUUCAUCCGGAGAGACUUCCUCCUGGACGAGGCUAACGGUCUGCUACCUGACGAUAAGCUAACGCUCUUUUGUGAGGUGAGCGUUGUGCAGGACUCGGUCAACAUAUCGGGUCAGAACACGAUGAACAUGGUGAAGGUACCGGACUGCCGGCUAGCGGACGAGCUGGGCGGCUUGUGGGAGAACUCGCGCUUCACCGACUGCUCCCUGUGUGUGGCUGGACAGGAGUUUCAGGCCCACAAAGCCAUCCUGGCAGCGCGUUCCCCUGUAUUCAGCGCCAUGUUUGAGCACGAGAUGGAGGAGAGCAAAAAGAAUCGUGUGGAGAUCAACGACGUGGAGCCAGAAGUUUUCAAGGAGAUGAUGUGCUUCAUUUACACAGACAAAGCUCCCAACCUGGACAAGAUGGCCGACGACCUGCUGGCAGCAGCCGAUAAGUACGCUCUGGAGAGACUCAAGGUCAUGUGUGAAGAUGCUCUGUGCACCAGCCUGUCCGUGGAGAACGCCGCGGAGAUCCUCAUCCUGGCCGACCUGCACAGCGCCGACCAGCUGAAAACGCAGGCGGUCGACUUCAUCAACUACCACGCAGCGGAGGUGAUGGAAACCGCCGGCUGGAAGUCGAUGGUCGCCUCCCAUCCGCACCUGGUGGCCGAAGCUUACCGCUCGCUGGCGUCCGCCCAGUGCCCCUUCCUGGGACCGCCCCGCAAGCGCCUCAAACAAUCCUAAAGGCAACAAAACACACACUCUCUCUCCCUCUCACACACACAUACACACACAAAGGCUCCCAGACACACAGCGACAACCAUUCUCCUUGCUGUUACCUACAACACUACCACCCAGAACCUGCUGUAUCCCGUCUUUAAAGAAGAAGAGGAAGGAGGGGAUUGUAACGUGGAUCUUUUAGUGUUUACAAUAAAACCCGCAGCACCCUGUUCUUCUUCUUGCUCCCCGGUUCUGACGUUGUUCUUUUUUUUUUUUUUUAAUUUAAAUUUUUUUUUUCCCGUGUAUCCAAGGAAGAGCGAAGCGCCGCCUCAAAAGUCUCCGAUUCGGAGCGCGGCGGCAGAUAAAGUGUCUGUUUUUUAUCGUAAAGCGAAUCGCGCGAUCCUCCCAGGAAAGUCGAGGACUCUGUAGGGAGGGCUCUGGUUACAAACUGGAAGCCCAAAGAGAAAACCAAGGGCUAGUCGAAAUCGAAAAGUUCCCAGUUAAACUUGGGGAAAAAAAAAAUUGCACUAACGCCACAGAGCAGCCCUCGCCAACCCAUAACCAGCGGCAACCUAGAAAUACUGUAGGCAAGCGCACAAUGGACCCAGCUGGACCACCAACAACAACAACAACAACAACAACAAGUUCCCUUUAAGAAAAUCUGUCUGCAAGUGACUCAAACAAACACUGGCGUCCAUUUUUCUGUCUUCUAAACUCCAGGAAGCAUAAAGAAAUAAAAGCAACGCACAACUAGAUGUUGUUGGUAUUUCUUGUGAAUUCUGAGAACAACGUCUGGAAAUGGUUACGGAUAUUUAGAAAAGAAAAAAAACAACAACAAAAGGUUUGUGCGACACGCCGUUUUGUUUUUCCACUUCCAUAGGAAAUAGCGCAGAUUUCUAUUUGUGUUUCAGGACCGAGUGCGUUUUUGUUUGCAGCAUAAAGACUAAAGGGAAAUGAGAUUACAAUGAACACGUUUUAAUGUUCAGAAUAUAUCAGUUCCAGACAAAAGCAAACAAAAAGAGGAAGUCCUGAAUUACAGAAAAUACAGUCAAUGUGAAAAGAAAGUACACCCUCUGUCAGUUCCUGGGUUUUAAUGUUUAAAUUUCCUGUUUUUUAACAGGCUAAGAAAUUAUUUAAACCAAACCACAGAUUCCCCCACUAUUUAUUAAAAUGGAAAAAGUUUGGUACAAAAAAAAUUAAGUACACCCUCUAAAUAUGUACAAAAUGGGUAAAACCCUCGAAUUUAAGCGGUUGUACUUUGUUUUUCUUUUCUUUUGUUUUUAGCCAUGACUGUACAUUUUGAAGUUUUCAUUUCAAACUGUUGGAAAAUUGUAAUGAUAGAAGGAACCGAUGUUUCUUUUCCUGUAGAUAUUUCUGAUUUUGAGAAGUGACACUUAGCUGUUGCCAUUUUUUUGUUCCCAGAAAAAAAUAAACCACAACUAUUUUGUAUUGAA